AUGAGUCGGAUUCUGUGCCUGAGCCUUACCCUCUGCCUGAUGGUACAGACAGCCCUGGGUGCCUUGCACACCAAGGAGCCUCUAGUGGUUACCAAAUAUGGGACCCUCCGAAAGCAGAUACACGUGGGGAAGACACCCAUCAAUGCCUUCCUAGGAGUUCCCUUCUACAGACCUCCUGUGGGUGCCUGCAGGUUCACUGCCCCAGAACCCCCAGAGCCCUGGGAAGGAAUCAGAGAUGCUACCACCUAUGCCCUGGUGUGCCUUCAGGAGUCCUGGGGGCAGAUCACCUCCAUGUACUUCAACACACACAAAAACUACAAGUGGCUGCAUUUCAGUGAGGACUGUCUGCACCUGAAUGUGUGCGCGCCAGUAGGAGCGCUUGGGGACCCUCUGCUGCCUGUGAUGGUCUGGUUCCCAGGACACGCCUUCCUCGUGGGCUCCGCUUCCACGUGUGAUGGCUCCAAAUUGGCGGCCCGGGAGAAAGCGGUGCUAGUGCUUCUGCGCCACAGCCUCGGUGUCCUCGGUCCCCGCGCGCUCAGCACAGGCGAUAGCCAGGCCCGCGGGAACUGAGCGCGGCUGGACCAGGUUGCAGCUCUGCGCUGGGUGCUGAAGAACAUCGCAGCCUUCGGCGGAGACCCAGGCUGGGUGACCUUGUUUGGCCAGUCAUCAGGGGCCAUGUGCAUCUCGGGACUGAUGACAUCACCCCUAGCCUGGGGUCUCUUCCAUCAGGCCAUUUCCCAGAGUGGCACCGCAGUGCCACUUCAUCACUUCAUCACUUGGCUGAGGUCUAGCUGGUUCACCUCGGCUCGCCCGGUGCACUAUGAGCACGGAGGCGCACCGCUGCAAAGCUGGCCUAGGAAACGGGCGCGCACACGCGUCUCCUGCGGGCCCCCGCGGCUCAGCUCGCCCCUUCCUCUCCUCCAACACCCCGAGAUCCCCACCCACCGAAGCAGCAAUUACCGGCCGUGGCGGCUGGGGAAGGGCCAAUUAGUGCGGGAGACGCAGCCCCUCGGCUGUGCCCGCGCUGACCGCAGCCCCGCAGCGCCGCCGCCGCCUUCCCUGCCCGGCAGACAGCGCCAGCCGCCUGGGAGCCCCGGGGGACGCGCCGUCCGGCCUCCAGCCAACUGCAGUGAUGGAUCCAGGCGCCUGGCGUGGGGCCAGAGCCCGGGCGGACGCGAGGGCGCCGGGAGCUGCAACUCGCCACCGCUGGGUGGUGGGGGUGAGCGGAAUGGGGCCUCCCUCCCUGUGAGGGCUCCUGCACCCCCGACGGCCUGCGCCCCGGCGCCUGCCUUCUUCAAUCGCCAGGCAGGCGGGCUGCAGCGGCGCAGCAGCGGGCGGGGGUGGGGCCGAGGGGUUCGGGGAGGCCCUCUUACAGCCUCAAGGUCCUUUGACUUCGGGACCUCCAAAGCUCUGGCCUAG